AAGAUUCCCCCCUAUGUAUUUGUGUUUUUGUGAACCUUUGUGUGUGUGUGGGAAAUGUGUCUUCGCCGCCAUUGAAAUAAUUUGGCUUGCUUGUGAAAAAAAUUGCCAAGAAAAGUGAGAAAGUGACAAAAUGAGUGGUCAGGAGGGCGAUAAGAUUCCCGUGGGGAAGACAAUCGCCUUCCCAAUUGAUCUAGCUCCCAAGGUGGCCCUUGUGAAGCCAGCAACAGACGGGAAAACGCAAACACAGCAAACUUUUCGAACAAUUGGACAGCCACAGAUGAGACUCAUUGCAGGUGCCGUACAGACUUCGGGAACGGCACAAAUCAUCCAGACGCAUUUAAUGCCGCCCCAGGCGAUGAUAAAGCAAGUUGACACAUCCGGAAGGACACAGAUUACGGCAUUGCCGGCACGAAGUAUCUCUCAGACAUCCAUUACAGUCACCCGGACACAGACUCCGACAACUUAUGUGCCAAGAGGGGUGACGACUGUGACAAAUAUGGCAGGAGCCAGGGCAGUAGCAACUAAUCCACGUACCCCAACACCCCCAGGGGCACAAAUAAGUUCAACAUUCGUACGGAGUACAGCACCACCGAGAACACCAUCACCAGCAGCAACAGUCAUCUCUCCAGCUGUACAAGGAGCUGCAACGUGGAUGUCGGGAACUGUUCAGGUCCCAGCACAGCUAAUUCGUGCCAGUAUAAGUCAGGCACCACGUCCACAGCGAAUGCUAACGCCGGGCACGAGUAGCGUCACCACGACAGCUGGGGCAACGAUAACGGCAAAUGUGGUGGCUGCAUCGCCAGCUGGACAGAGUGGGCAGGCAACAACGGGUGCUCAGACGGUAUCGGGGGCAUCGCAGCAGCAGAUUUUUGCCACACUGGCCGCCGUUCAGUGUGCUCCGCGUCAGCAGACGGCAACUCUUGUCUACAGUAGUGUCUCAAAUCCGCAACAGCAAUUCCCCGGGCAGCGUCUUGCCGUGGCAACAUCCCUCGGUGGCCCACGCCAGGUGCGUCCCAUUCAGCUGAGCAAUGCCCGUCUGUCGGCGGCAGGGAUUGGAGUGCGUGUCAGUGCGGCAAAUAUCAGCAUUCGUGCCCCAAGUGUACCCGUUUUGGCACCUUCGAGUGUCCUCACGACCAUCCCCACGCAAGCACGCACCUCCCAGACAACUGGUGGUGGUCUCACGGCCACGGGAACACUUCCGGCAACAAGAAUAAUUCAAGUACAGCAACCCCCGGCUGGUGGAACGGCUCAGGUGAUCAGUGCAAGUCGCCUUGCGGGGAAUCUCAUGACACUCCAUCCGGUGAUCAUGAAUACCCCCACGGGGACGCAGCGAAGUGCAACAGCAACGAAUCUGGGCACCGGAAAGGUACAACCAUCGCUCACAAUCACGCACGUGGGGAAGCUCCCAUCGCAGGGGGCGACACAGGCAACAGGAAGUGCUGCACCGGCUCUGGCGCAAGUUAGUGGCACACAAACGGGGCAACUGCAGUCUCAGACGCAUCAUACAGUGUCCGGAGGCAUGGGUGGGAUGGGUAGUCAGACGGCGGGAAGUCAGUCAAUUGCGCAGAUUGUGAGUGUGAAUCAACAGGGUGCCAUUACGGGGCAGGCACAUCAGCUGGUUGCUGUGAAUCAGCAACAACUUCUCACGGCAACGCAGAAUCCAUCGAGUGGGGCCACUGUUGUCCCCUUGGCCAUUGCAGCACGUCCCGGUGCAGGGCAGACAGCUGUCACACCGGUUCAGCAGCAGGUUUCCAGUCAGGCAGCCAUUGUACGUACCAGCGUACCCGGAAUUUCCGUUUCAAGUGGUAACGUUGUGAGUCAGGUGGUGUCUGUGCCGCCAAUUGCAAAAGUUCUGCCCCAGCAGCAAUCUACGGAAGUUUCCGGUGUCUUCAUACAGCAGCGUCCUGCAACUUCCGGAUGUGCUACUCCGGUGUCAGCAGCUGUCACUGUGUCCGGAAUGCAAUUGGCACUCACAUCAUCUGCCAGUGGUACAGCUACGAGUAUCAGCUACUCAUCAGCUGGUGGUUCAUUCGCCGUUGUUGGGGGGAAUCGUCAAAUUCACGGACUUGUCCCAUCAACAUCCGGUACACAGGCACAAACAGCUGCCGUACAAACUGUCCCGGUGCGUUUUCAACCGAAUAUGCCCCAACUGAUUGUUGAUAGCUCCACCACUGGGCAGCAGGGAACGCAUCAGAUUAUUACAAUGACACAACCAACAUCCAAUGUCUCCCAACAGCAGCCACAGCAGCAGCAGCAUAUGAUCAUCCCAAUGCCAGCUAAACUAGCUCCAGCAAGUCCACGUCCGAGUAUUUUACGCAAACGUGACAGUGAAGGGAUCUGCGUUGCACCGAAGGGGGUUAAAAAUCUCGUUCCAAUCCUCCAGUCAAUGGGGAAGGCACCCACACCGGUGCCAGAGCCGGAGAAGGAGAUCAAAAUGGACAUGCCAUCACCCCCAAGACCUCCGUCCACGGAUGGUUCGACAACAGUGAGUGCCACAUCGAGUCCGGGACUUGAGCAGCAGCAACAGAUGCCAGACCCUGAGGAAAUCUCAAUGGCACUUCGGGUACAAAGUGAACUCGCAUACACGACAAUGAGUGCAGCUUUUGCUGCUAGUACAUCAGCUGCGCAAGCCACAGAAGCACCCGAAGUGGAGGUAACACCCCGAAAGAAGCCACGAAAGCAGCAAAUUGACAGUGGGACAGAUGCAGCGCCGCAGCCCGAAGCUCCCAAGGCAACAAUGCCACAAGUGAAUAAUAAGGAGAAUAACAAUCAAAUGCAGGAGGUGACGAUCAAGAAGCCACGCACGUGUUCCCUCCUGGAGACCUACAAGCAGAACUGGAAGGCAGCAAAUAAUCAUUUUCAGCGCUAUUCGGAUGUGAAGCCACGCGAGGAAAGGAGACCGUCAGUGAUGGAUUUGGCUAAUCAAGCGCACGUCCUGCAGAAGGUCAAUGGAUGGAAGAUUUAUCAUCUCAGUGCCCAAAUGGAGGAUUUGUGUGAGCUGGAGUCUCAAGUGUACGACAAAUUGUCUUCGAUGCUGCAGGUGAUGGAGGCGCACGAGCAGAAUCCAGAUGUGGAUCGUGUGAAUGAUCUGCUCAAGGGGAACAUGCAGAGGAGUAAGGUGAUCAUUGAUGGGGUAAAUGAGGCCCGGGGGCAGAUAAUGAAGAUCUUCGAUCACAAAUCCCACGUGUCUGACAUUAUCCACCGGUGUGCGUCAAAGAGGAACUUCAAGAAGCGCGAGAAGACAUAAAAAAAUGACGAGAACGCCAAGGAAGGAUGUUUUUUUGUGCACAUUUUACUUAUAAAGAAGAUUUUAUCAAUAAAACAAAAAAUGAUUUAAUCUCUAAA